UGCCGGUUCGCACGUCCAUCGUCUACUCACCAACAAGAAGUCAUGUCGACUGAGCUACUGCAGAGCUACUACGCGUGGGCCAACGCCACGGAGGCCAAGCUGCUGGACUGGGUCGACCCUGAGGGCGGCUGGAAGGUGCAUCCUAUGGCAGACUACCCCCUAGCCAACUUCUCCAGCGUCUACGCCAUCUGCGUCGGAUACUUGCUCUUCGUAAUCUUCGGCACGGCCCUGAUGAAAAUGGGAGUCCCCGCCAUCAAGACCAGUCCAUUACAGUUUGUGUACAACCCCAUCCAAGUCAUUGCCUGCUCUUAUAUGUGCGUGGAGGCCGCCAUCCAGGCCUACCGCAACGGCUACACCGCCGCCCCGUGCAACGCCUUUAAGUCCGACGACCCCGUCAUGGGCAACGUUCUGUACCUCUUCUAUCUCUCCAAGAUGCUCGACCUGUGCGACACAGUCUUCAUUAUCCUAGGAAAGAAGUGGAAACAGCUUUCCAUCUUGCACGUGUACCACCACCUUACCGUGCUUUUCGUCUACUAUGUGACGUUCCGCGCCGCUCAGGACGGGGACUCAUAUGCUACCAUCGUGCUCAACGGCUUCGUGCACACCAUCAUGUACACUUACUACUUCGUCAGCGCCCACACGCGCAACAUUUGGUGGAAGAAGUACCUCACGCGCAUUCAGCUUAUCCAGUUCGUGACCAUGAACGUGCAGGGCUACCUGACCUACUCUCGACAGUGCCCAGGCAUGCCUCCUAAGGUGCCGCUCAUGUACCUUGUGUACGUGCAGUCACUCUUCUGGCUCUUCAUGAAUUUCUACAUUCGCGCGUACGUGUUCGGCCCCAAGAAACCGGCCGUGGAGGAAUCGAAGAAGAAGUUGUAACGGCGCUUGUUAAAAAGUCUAACCUCGCUGUAACAGCUUAAAACACACACACACACAACGCUUUGUAGAGGAGGUAAGUAGUGGCAACUCGUGUAGAAAUGCAGCAUGCCCAUCAAAUACAUCCCGUAUGAUUCAUACUACUA